UUCAUAAACUAUCUCCUUCGGCGUCUGCUCUUUCAUCUACACGAGUAUCAAUUUACAAUUUAUGGACAAGCUCUCUUCCGACAGUACAGUGUCCACCUCAACGCUGUGUGCAAAAGAUGUAUAUAGCGAAAAAGAUAUCGAGUUUGGCGGCCAAGUACUCAAAGAUGGUCGUCGUUCAACAGAACACCAGAUAGAGAUAAAUGUUCAUGAUUUGGUCGGCUCAAUACAAAAUUCAGACAUCCCCUUAAUGGAGGUUCUGCAGGGAUUGCAAUAUGUCAUGGAUCAUCGCAUCCGUGGCGGCCACUUUGCAGACCUUGAUGAGUCUCUAAUGGAUCGUCUUUGCGAAGGCUUAUUGCUUCUUGCUGGCAAGACCAAGGGCAAUUUACUACGGAAAAGACCUACAGAAGAGGCUGACAUGGCAUUUUUCCUUUUUGGAGACUUUUUUGAAGAAGUAUCCGAUUUUAGACGUGUAGUAGGUCGUCGACUGGCUCACGAAAUACGUCUCAAUCUUAAAAUACAUUACCGUUGUCUCCCGAACUGUACAGCUGAGCAAAAGCAGGCCGCAUUGGCUAUCUUGCACAUGCUCACAAGGUCAUUUCCUCAAUUCAACGAUUGGAAGGAUCUGGUCGCUAAAGAUGAGCAUAGUACUGUCGAGAGCUUGUUGACAAGCCCCGAAGCUCAGGACCUCGAAAAAUCCUACAGUUACAAAAUGCCUCAACCUGGAGGCACAAAAUAUGCCCCACCUGCUCUCUACUUUGAUCGCACGGUUGAAAAGCUUCUGGCAAUGUUUCCAAAUACCCAUCCAGAAAAAGGUUUACCUUCAGAAGUACUGCCUGCCCUGUACAGUCAUUACGGCUAUAACCAGUUACCAGAUCCACCAAAAUCAAGUGCUCUAAAAAUACUCGGACGUCAACUCGCCGAUUUCAUGGUCAUUAUUCUCAUCAUAGCUAGUAUUGUGGAAGCUGCGCAACAAGACUUCAAAUCCAUGGCUGUGCUUCUUGUUGUCAUUGUUUUAAACACCAUCAUUGGCUUUUGGCAGGAAUUCAAAGCUAGUAAAACCUUGGAGGCAUUAUCGGAUCUAACAGUACCCAAAGCAAAUGUAAUGCGAGAUGGAGUCCUACAAAACGUUGAUUCAUCUGAAUUAGUGCCAGGGGACUUGGUCAUUCUGGAGGAAGGCGAAGCUAUUCCUGCAGAUCUGAGACUUAUUGAAGUUUCGCAAUUGCAAGCUAUGGAAAGUGUCUUGACGGGUGAAAGUGUUCCAACCACGAAAACGAUAGAGGCUGUCAGCGCAAAGACUCGUCGCAUUCCAUUGGGCGACUGUAAAGGCAAUGCAUUCAUGUCCACAGUGGUGGCCAAAGGAAGAGCCAAGGGAAUUGUAGUCCGUACAGGAACACAAACGGAGAUUGGCAAAGUUAGUAUGGCGAUCAAUUCUGGAUCAGAAAAAAGAGUCAUUACCCCUAUUCAAAGGAAAUUAGCAAAGCUUGGCCAGUAUCUUAUCAUCAUCGCAGUCGUACUAUGUGCCCUUGUUGUUGGUAUUGGCCUUGCAUGGAAAAAGGAUGCUAAAACUACCAUCAACAUUGGCUUGAGUUUGGCAGUUUCUGUCAUUCCUGAGGGUUUGAUCGCAGUUACCACUGUCACGAUGGCAUUAGCGGUUCGUCGUAUGGCUGCUGCCAAUUGUAUCGUUAGAACACUUCCUGCUGUCGAGACAUUAGGAAGUCUAACCGUCAUUUGUUCGGAUAAGACGGGCACGCUCACCCAAGGAAAAAUGACAGCGGCCGAACUUUGGACAACUGAUGGACUAGCAUAUGGAUUUACGGAAUCUCAAAGCUCAAGUCCUUUGGAUGGCAAGAUUAUAUCGCAAGCAGUUCCAUCCCUCCGAGUCCCAUCUCUAAACAAACUAACACCAGCAGUUUCAUCUCGAGAAGUGUCGCCUAGCAAUAUCGCCGCUAAUGCGCCUACCAUGACUCUAGCCUUAAUGGUAUCAUCACUAUGUAACAAUGCAUCAAUUAGCCAUUCUGAAGGUGAAUGGAAAGAAAUUGGAGAUCCAACUGAAGUUGCUUUGCUCGUUGCCGCUACCAAAUCCGGUCUUUCUCGUGCAACCUGGUUAAGCAAAGGGUUUUCAAAGGUCCAUGAAAAAGCAUUCGACAGCGAGCGAAAACUCAUGAGUUCGGUCUGGAAAAGCUCUGAGGGCAUUGAGUAUGUCCUUUGUAAAGGAGCGCCUGAAGAGGUACUUCGUAAAUGCACUCAUUUCUGCGAACCGACUGCGAAAUCCAACUCCAUACAUUCCAUUAUUCAUGGAGAGCGCAUUGAGGAUCAAGUUAUUAAUGAGGAUUUUAUCAAUGAAGUGUCUGAGGAAAGCUGUUCUAUGGCUAAGGAAGGGCUUCGUGUACUUGGUCUAGCUUAUCGUAAAGUCGAUGUCAUUAACGCCCUACAGAUAUCAACCGAGGAAAACGAUAGCCAUUAUGACGAAGCUGACCUAACUUUCAUUGGACUCAUUGGACUCAUUGAUCCUCCAAAAGAAGGCGUGAAAGAUGCUAUAGCCCGUUGCCAGCAAGCUGGCAUCAAAGUCAUUAUGAUCACUGGUGAUCAUGUGCAAACUGCUACAGCUAUCGCAACCCAGUUAGGAAUUGUUCAGCCCAAUAAUACUUGCACGGCAUACGCCAUGAUUGGAAGCGAAUUAGACCUCCUCUCCGAUGAAGCUAUUUUAGGAUUAAAUCCAUUUCCCAAUGUUUUUGCUCGAGUGAGUCCAGAUAACAAGUUAAAGAUUGUCAAGGCUUUGCAAGAAAGAGGAGAACAAGUAGCCAUGACUGGUGAUGGUGUCAAUGACGCUCCGGCCAUCAAAUGCGCAUCGGUUGGCAUUGCAAUGGGCUUGGCUGGAACAGAAAUAACGAAGCAAGCCGCUGACGUGGUGAUUGCCGAUGAUAACUUUGCAUGCAUUGUGUCGGCAAUUGAAGAAGGCCGCCAUGUUUUUGACAACAUCCUGAAGUUCAUUGUUUAUCUUCUGAGCUGUAAUGGAGCCGAAAUUUUUUUGAAUCUGGUGUGCGCGAUUUCUGGGAUGGAAUUGCCCUUUGGUACAGUUCUCAUUCUUUGGGCUAACAUCAUUGCUGAUGUCCCUCCCGCAAUGGCUAUCGGCGUUGAGCCCAAGGAAAUUGGAAUCAUGAAUCGCAAUCCUCGUAACCCCAAAAAAGGAGUUCUUACGAAAGUUACCUGGACUAUUGUCAUUUUCCAAGCAUUUUUAAUAUGUGCUUUGACAGUGGGCUUGUACGUGAUUGAUUUGAUGGUUUUGAAAAUGCCACUCAGUGCUGCACAAUCAGUGGCAUUCGUCAACAUGACUACAAUGCAACUUUUGCAAUCAUUUUUCUCCCGAUCCAUUAGCCAGUCUGUAUUUGUAACUGGCAUAUUUGGCAAUAAGUGGAUCGUAGGUGCAUUUGUACUUUCAUUUGGAGCUAUGGUGGCUGGUUGCUACAUACCAGCAUUGGCCAGUUGGCUACUGCUUGAGCAAAUUGGGUGGCUAGAAUGGUGCCAAGUCCUUAUUUGCUGUGUUAUCAUGACAGCAUUUGUAGAAGUAGAAAAAUGUAUUAUUAGACGAAGACUCACUGAUGUGCUAUAAUUAAUUACAUUAGGAUUGUUGUAAGGAAGGCACUAUUAUUCAUUAUUACGAUAUAUUUCUUCAUUAAUGCAUUGAACAAACGGUGAUUCAAUUGAGGAGCUGCGGCGGACGAUGCCCCCAUCGAUAAACUGAG